UAUUACCAAGUAUUGGAGUCACUUAUUUGCGCUAACAUUUGAUAGGUCAAGUUGCAAAUGAGUGUGUAAACAAUACAACACAGUGUAAAAAACAACAAUAUACUAAAAAUUUUACAUUUAGGCUAUGGGUUAUAUGUGGCUUCAGAGGAAACAAAGUACCAUGUAGAGAGACAGCUGGACUGUUAUGUAAGGAUUCUUCACCUGUAUAAUUUGUAUUUACUUACGUCCGCCACUGUACCUUUUAAUGAGAAAUUUAACAGGAUUAUUCACUAAUCUAGAAUCUGAACCGACUAAAUAUUACUGUUGCGGUAAGGCAUAUUUGCUUUCUUGAUAGGCCAAGGUGCAAAAGCAAGGUGCCAAAUGUAAGUGCAUAUUUUAGAUUGAAUUGUAGACAGAUGUCUAGACUGCUAUAAACGGUUUAUCAACUGUAUUAUUUGUCCAAUAUUACUUACUGUGGAAAAACUUCACCGACUAAUUAUUAUUGUUGCAGUCAGAAUUAUAUAGUACGCUUUUACAUUUGAUAGACUAAGGUGCAAAAGAGUGUUGAAAACAUUAGUAAUUACGUCCAAACUUUACAUUUUGCGUUACGCAUGGCUUCAUAAAAACCAGUGUAUGUAUGUUUUAGAUUAAAUUGCAGGCAGGUGUCUGGAUAGAUAUACAAAUUUUCACCUCCAGUAUUACUUAAUGUGCCAUGUCUGUCGCUAUACAUCUGUAAAGGCAUUUAACACAAUUAUUUGCUAAACUAGGAGGGGGAAAAAAAUCCAAGGUAAAUAUAUUUUAAGGCUUCCAGUCACUUAUUCCCUGUAAAUCCAAUUAGGUAAUUAAUGGGCUACUGUGUGGAAACAUUCUUCUGUAGUUCUGUUUACACAAUGAAGCAACCAUAGCUACAAUUUGGCAGAGUAGACUGUCCCUGUAUUUUCUUCUCUGCCCUAUUUCAAUUAAUUUUGAGUUUGUGUCUUUGAAAGUGCUUUAACAUGUUCAUUGUGUUGCCUGUGAAUUUAGAAAUUUGAAGCUCUUUCAAAGGCGACACAGAUUCGUGUCUUGGUCGCCAUUUCAGUUUUGAUACGCAUAUUGUCACAGACUUGGUGAAUAUUCUUCUUUUCACGCACUUUUUUUGUGUGAAAAUGUUACAAAAAGCUGAAUAAAGUCAAGCCGGCAUUAUGGGUUAUGGCAGUUUAGUUUCCAACAUGUAAAAUGUUCAAAUGCUUUAAGCCAUUCGACCAUCGUUAUCCAGGUACCUCUGUAAUUUUUUGAAGAGUGUUUGUGUCUGUCCUCUUUUUCAGGGUGUUCUCCCGCAUUCCUAUUUAGAGUUAUUGGCCUGGCCCGCGCCUGCACACAGCAAAACUACCACCAUGAGUAUUAUCCAAGACAAACUUGGCAAUGAGUUUUUGCGCAACGGUGGCAUGGACCCCAAUUUUGCACCCGGCAUGCUCAUGUUCAGCCACUUACCGCCCGUCACCAGCUUCACGCGGCUGACGUCGCAGUCGGUCAUGGGUGAACUCCCGCAGGAGAUGGUUCUCAAGAAGGAGCGCGACUCGCCCCCGGACCACCACAGUGCCAGUCUGGCCAACGCGAGCGGCUUCCUCCACAGCAUGGGCAUCAAGCAGGAGCGGCUAAGCGAGCUGGAUUAUCGCAUGCCUCUCUACGGCGGAGGAGGAGGCGGUGGCGUGCCGAUGAAUUGUGCCGGCGCGGGGAAGAGCGGCGACGACAUGCCGGACAUGUCUUACGGCAACCACCACCAAAAUCACCAUAACAUGCUCCUGCACGACCUCACCCACAGCAACGUGCGCUCCCUUGGAGAACCGAUGUCAGGACGAUCGGGUAAAGAGCCAAAAGAUUCCUCGGGUAAAAGAGGGAGGAGGACCAAUGGGGACGGACAGGGAGGCAAAGCUCGAAGGAAACGCAACGACGCUGCAAAGGGCAUGAUGUUGGAUGCGGAUGGAGCCUGCCUGUCGCCCAACUCCAAACCACAUAUCUGCGAGCACUGUAACGCUGCCUUCCGCAGCUCCUAUCACUUGCGCAGACAUGUGCUCAUACACACAGGUGAGAGGCCUUUUCGGUGCAGUCAGUGUAACAUGAGCUUCAUUCAGAAGUACCUGCUCCAGCGGCAUGAAAAGAUCCACAGUGGGGAGAAGCCGUUCAGCUGUGACCAGUGCAACAUGCGGUUCAUCCAGAAGUAUCACAUGGAGCGACACAAAAGAACGCAUAGUGGCGAGAAGCCAUAUCGAUGCGAUACAUGCCAACAGUUUUUCUCAAGAACAGACCGGUUACUGAAGCACAAGCGGACUUGCGGAGAAGCCAUAAAGAAGGGUCUGGACCCAAACAUGCUGGAGCUCAGCGACGCCGAGCUCGGCCAGGGCAGCUAUUCACUCACUCAGGGAAACGCGACCACCUCCGGACGCAAGCGGGCAAAGUCUAAAAACGGGGAGGGCGGCGAGCGCAAGAGAAAGAAGAACGCGGCUGCGUCCAUGGCGGCCCCGUCCUCUGCGGCGAUGGCGCGUGACAUAGGCCUGCAGGACUACAGCAUGGAGCAGCCCUCGGGCUCCGCCAUGCAGGGGCGCUCUCCCAAAUUGGUCUUUAAAAAAGCGGGCCGUAAAGGGCUGGAUAAAGUCCUCCAUUCUUUAGAAGACAGCGCUGACGGACAAAAACUAUUAGGCCAAAAAGCCGGCGGCAUGGAUCACGUUGAUGCUAUCGGGCUUGAUAACAUGGGUCUGCUCCAGGGAGGCGGGAGCAACAAGCAGGGCCCCGCCACCAGCAGCAACUACGACGAUGCAAUGCAGUUUGUGAAAAAGCGGCGAUACCUCCACGCCGUCAACAAUGACUACGGAGCGGGCGCUCUUCACAUGGCGUCGCAGGGGGGCAGCGUCAUCCAGGUGUCCCUGGGGCCUGAACCCACGCUAACCAUGCUGGACACCUCCCCCCUGGAACUCAAACACGACAAGUCGGGCAUUCCGGACGAGGUUCUGCAAAGCCUGCUGGAGCAUUACAGCCAUAAGCCGGAGGGAGUGCACCACCACGAAGUAGCUUUCGACCUGUCCGACCACCCGCACCACGUGGACCUCCAGCCGGCCGCGCCCGUCACCCCCGAGCUGGAGGACGAAGCGGCCAAUGGGAGUGAUAAAACUGCGGUGAUGAGCGAGUACUCCAAGUUCCUUUUGCAGGCCCUGGAGCGCACCAGCCACAGCGGGCCCUUUCCCAGCCUCGGUGCCACGGGACCCUUCCCGCUCCUGUCCAGCAGCUCUAGUCCCACAGGACCCCUGUUUUCCGACAAGCACGUCUAUAGCACAUCACCGCUAGAUUGUGGCUACCCCACUGCUGUUUCUUCACCGCUGCCCAUCGCCGCCCCCUCCUCGACCACCUCCUCCACCUCGUCCAAAUCCCACUACGGCAUGUUGGUGGGCUCCCCCUCCCAAUCGGGCUUCCACCUUACUUUGGAGCCAGCCAGCCACCAGCAGCUAACGCCAUCUCAGGAGCUGACGGAGCAGCUGGAGAAGCAGCACUCCCCCGGAGCCUUCAACCUACCUCCCCAGGAUCUGACUGCCCAGGCGGAAAGCUCCAAGGGGCAACAAGCCAAGGCCGGGGGCAGCGCCACCCCCGCCAACGGUUCAAGCUACUCAGACCUGUCUCCUUUGAAUCCCCCGAAAGAAUCCACGACGUACCAGAUUGAGAAUUUCGCCCAGGCCUUCGGCUCCCAGUUCAAGUCAGGACGCCGCACCCCUCUUAGCUACGGCAGCGACCCCGGGGCGGAGGUGGACCACAGAAUACGGACUCCGGUCUCAGAAUUCUCAGGGUAUACCAGCUUGUUAGCUGACGUCAGCGAGCCAGUGAGUACAGGAUCAAAAACCCCGACAAGCCAAAGUUUCAGAUAAGGGUCAAACGAGGUUAACCAAGUUAGGGGGGGUGCGGUUCUUGUCCAUCCUACGCCUUCCCUUCAUCACAAUUUUGUUCUUGUAGAAAAAUGAUUUUUUUAUUUUAAACACUGCCAUUAAAUGUUGAUGCAAAAUGACCAGGGAGGGUCUUACAUGGCCUCAAAUGCAAUUUUUUUUAAUUGUUAUUUUUAUGUAUUUAGUCGCUUACAAUUUGGUUGGGAAAAUGAUACAGUUUUAAAUGAACGUAAACCAUCGAUUUAAAUGUAAUUUAAAACUAUUUGAGGGUAGAGAUGAACUUGUAUUUCUUAUUACUUUCGGAACCCUAUCUUACCAAUCAUCAUACUGUUGUAAAAUAAUGUUGAUGAUGACAAAAAAAAAAAAAAAAACUUGUGGCAGGGAAAGCCCAGAAUUCAAAUGGCAAAAAAAAAAAAAAAAAACCUAUAUAUUGUCUGUUACAAGAAAUGUAUUAACUCAGGAAAUAGGCAAAAUUGUGUAAGACUUUGUAUUAUGCGAUGCAAUUAGCACAGUUUUUACAGGUGUACUUGUGACAGGUGAUCGAUCUACAAAGCUUUUUUUUGGGUGGGGGGGUGCGUUUUAUUUUGAAAUUUUACUACUCAUGGUCAUGUUUGUGCUCUCCUGUGUGUUUUAGUCCAAAUGACGGUACUGUUGCAUGUCAAUGUGAAGCCGGCCUGUAGACUCACCAGCCUGUAGAAAAGAAACACGUUGGACUGAGAGCACAAUGGACAGCAAGCAAACAGUCGCCUCACUCGUUUUUUUUGUCAAUGGAAUCAAACAAGCACUUUUUUUUUUCUUUCCCCAAACAUAUCAUCAGAAACAAUAACCCAUUCAAUUUGUAAUUGUUAUGAUAAUAUUGCUUAUUUUAAAAGGAGAAAACUGUGAACAAGGGUUUUGGGAGGGUGGAAUGGUGGUUUUAAUGGGGAUGUCCUUUUUUUUGUUUGUUUGGUUUUUUUUCUGCUAGGAGGGGGUGGGACAGGGUUGAAUUAUUAUUAUUUUUUUUCUUGUGGUUUGUCAGGUGAUGUAAAAAGAGGAUUUGCCAUAAUUUUGUGAUACACUAUUUUGAGAGUAGCUCUUGUAUUUAAGUGUUUCUCCAGAGCUCGGAUGACAUGCUGGAACCUUCUCUCUCUCUCUCUCGCUCUCUCUCUCUCUCUCUAUUUUUAAAUUGUAUUUAUUCUCCAUUAGUCGCCACACACCUUUGUAGCACCAGUGCAGCAGAAGAGUUAAUUUAUACAACACGCCUCCUGAAUAUGCAGCAGUCCUGCACUCACAGGAAUGAACAAUGGCCUUCUUUGUCUUCCGUGGUUAAAGCCAUUCUCUCUAUCCCGGCCGCCAGGGUUGAUAUUUAAUUUAGUCGAUUUCCUGUGAACCUCACCAGCCUCUUUUGCCCCCUACUCGCUUCCCUCCCCAACUGGUUUUCUGGGACUCUGAAGCUGCAAGGGGGGGGAAAAAAAACUUGACCGACCAGCCACUUCCCUCCAAACACACUAUGCUUUUAACGGAAAUGGAGAGAAAAAGACGAUAAGAUUGACUAAAUAUACCUCAUAUCACAAAAAGCGUAUAAAAGCAGGGACACGCGUUUCAUUGUAUGUAGUGGAAAUAUUUGUAGAAUAGUUUCGACUUAUUGUAUCAUCAUUUUUACACUGCCUGUGUUUACAAUGAUAGAGCAAGUGACUUGUCAAAAUGGAAAGUGUAUUUCAUUUUUUUUUUUUUUUUUUUUUUUUUUAUAAAAUGUAAAAACAUCCAUGCCAAGCAGUGUUGCAUUCUAGAUGCCUCGUAGGACUUUUUUUUUGUUUGUUUCCUCUCUCUCAUGGUAUAUCCCUUAUUUUUGUUACUUGCCAUAACGUGUUUUUGAUAUGAACUCUAGAAGGAUAUUGUUUACAAAAAUGUACAAAAACGCUAAAAAAUGUUUUUGUUUUUGGGACUUUUUAAGUAUGCAUGAUUUUAAUGGCUUUUUUCUGACUUGUCACCUCAAUACCAAAUGUUGUAGCAGAAGCCUCCCCUUUCCUUUGUCUCAUUAGUACUAGACCCUCGUGACAUGAUUUCCCGGGCUGUACCUGUUAUUGAGAUGAUGAACGGAUUAGAGAAGCCAAUAAAAACCUC